CCGGAAGAGUGUUUUUUUCCCCCGGCGAGGACCCCCCUUGUCAUUGGGACUCGGGGUGAAGGCGGCGGGCCGGGAGGAUGUCUUGCUGCGGGAGCGGCGCUCGGGGCCUCGGCCGCCUCCUGUUCCUCCUGCAGAAAAAUGGUGUACGGCAUUGCACCUAUUCAGCCUCACGGAAGAACCUUUACAUCACUAAAGACACAAAGGUCAUUUGCCAGGGUUUUACUGGCAAACAGGGUACCUUUCACAGUCAACAGGCGUUGGAAUAUGGCACCAAUCUAGUAGGAGGAAUUUCGCCAGGCAAAGGGGGCAAAACUCACUUGGGGCUUCCUGUUUUUAAUUCUGUAAGGGAGGCUAAAGAAAAGACGGGUGCUUCUGCCUCUGUAAUAUAUGUGCCACCUCCUUUCGCUGCUGCUGCAAUCAAUGAAUCCAUUGACGCAGAAAUCUCCCUUGUUGUGUGCAUUACAGAAGGUAUUCCUCAACAGGACAUGGUGCGUGUCAAACACAGAUUGCUUCGACAGGACAAGACUCGGCUUGUUGGCCCAAAUUGUCCGGGAGUUAUCAACCCUGGAGAAUGUAAGAUUGGUAUCAUGCCUGGACACAUUCACAAAAAAGGAAGAAUUGGUAUUGUAUCACGAUCUGGUACUCUGACAUAUGAGGCUGUUCAUCAGACAACUCAAGUUGGACUGGGACAAUCCUUCUGUGUUGGAAUCGGUGGAGAUCCAUUUAAUGGAACUAAUUUUAUUGACUGUCUGGACGUCUUUCUGAAGGAUCCUCAUACUGAGGGAAUUAUACUGAUAGGCGAGAUUGGUGGAAACGCUGAAGAAGAUGCCGCUGACUUCCUGAAGAAAAACAAUUCUGGUUCAAACUCCAAGCCAGUUGUAUCAUUUAUAGCUGGAGUUACUGCUCCCCCAGGCAGACGAAUGGGCCAUGCAGGGGCUAUAAUUGCUGGUGGGAAAGGUGGAGCAAAAGAGAAAAUCGCUGCCCUUCAAAAUGCUGGUGUCAUUGUCAGUAUGUCUCCUGCUCAGCUGGGAUCGACUAUAUACAAGGAGUUUGAGAAGAGGAAAAUGCUGUGAGGGCAGGAGGAGGAGCAGGCACUGCCGUCAGAAAAAGAGGCCCGUACAGAAAUACCAGCACAGCCCUCCCCCUCUGUCCAUGAUCUGUACUACUCACCCACUCUUCUUUGUUAAAUACAGCUGACAUCAGUCUUACGAAUCCAGCUUUAAAGCCAUGUGCUUUCAUUUCAGUGGCUCCUUUGUUCAGAUAUGAUUGUACAUCAUAGCAAAUGAAUAAAUCUACCACUAAAAUUGA